GUGUUCCGUUGCGCUUGGUCCCACAAAUCCACAAUUAUAGACAAUUAGUAAUUCCAAUGAGACAGAUAUGGCUCCAUUGAAAUUAUGUCAGAAACUCAAACAUCAUUGUUCGUAAUUGUGGCUGGUCUACCAAGAACUGGAACGACAACCAUGAAAAAAACAUUGGAAAUACUUUACUCUCAACCUUGUUAUCAUGGUUAUGAACUUGUUACCAGAAAACAAUGUGAUAUUGCAAAAUGGCAAACUCUUGUCGAUGAAGUGCGAACAACACGUUGUGAGGAGAAGAUACAUAGAUAUUUGAGUGAGAUAUUGAAUGGUUACGGAUCCGUGGUUAAUACCCAUGCGUGUUGGUUAUACAAGGAAAUGAUGACCUUAUACCCUAAUGCGAAGGUUGUACUAACAGUGCGCGAUAAAAACGAUUGGUUGACUAGUUUCCGAGAAGUUUUCAUGCCAAAAUCAGAUGAUCCACGUACAAAACAAAUGUAUGAAGCGAAACGACGUGCAGGAAUUCCUGUUGAAUUGGACAGACUUGUCACUGAUUCACUGAAACUAGCAUUUCAGAAUGAUGAUCUUGAUUUCGAUGAUGAUGCAAUGUUACUUGAAUGUUAUGAAAAACAUAUGAAGACUUUUCGGGAAAAUAUACCAUCUGAACGUCUUCUGGUAUAUCAAGUUGCAGAUGGUUGGGAACCAUUGUGUAGAUUCUUGAAUGUAGAUAUACCAGCUAACAUAACAUUCCCCAUCGUUAAUCAUCAGUCUGACUUGCAAAAGCUAAGGGAGUUGAUGAAGCAAUGUGGAUCGAUUGAGGAGGUUGCCAGAAUGCAUCCAGGAAUUCUAUAACAUUGAAGUAAACACCGAUUGUAUUGAACAUUGGCG